UUACAGAUCCAAAUCACAUAGUCAAGUAUCCUUUGAAACCAGUUCCCCCCAAAUUUGAAAUUCUGCAAUAGAGUCUCCACAUCUCCACCGUCGCAACAACCAAACCAACCACCAUCUCCACUGGGCACUGCCUCCACUGGAAUCACCACUGUGAGCCAUCUUUAAAGCACCAUUACCCAACUAGGUUUUUUUUUUUUUUUUUCAUUUGGAGAAUUGCUCUGGCGUCCGUUCAAAAGCCACUGCACAUUCUUUUAGAACAGAAAUUCAUCUCUUUAUUACAAUCAUGUAAGAAAACCAAUCACCUUUAUCAAAUACAAGCUCAAGUCAUUGUUCAUGGGAUAAAUCGUAGCUACUAUGUAGUCCCCAAACUCAUUUCCCGGUCGGUGGAACUCAAGCACGUGAGGUAUGCGCGCCAAGUGUUCGAUGAAUUGCUUGAACCAGAUGAUGUUAUUUACAAUGUCAUGUUUAAAGGGUACAGCCAAAAUGGAAUGCAUAAAGAAGUGAUUUCUUUGUUUGGAAAAAUGAUGGAAUGCUAUGUAAAGCCUAGCUGUUAUACAUUUCCUAUGAUUUUGAAAUCUUGUGGCAAGUUGUCGGCAUUGUGUGAGGGUGAGCAAGUUCAUUCUCUUGUGUUAAAGAAGGGGUUUAGGACAAACUUGUUUGUGGGUAAUACAUUGAUUGAGAUGUAUUCGGGUUCCGGUGAAGUUGGACAUGCGUAUAAGGUGUUUUGUGAGAUGACUUUGAGGAAUGUUGUUGCUUGGACCUGUAUGAUCAAUGGGUUUAUUUCAUGUGGGGAUGUGAAAUCAGCUAGAGAGAUUUUUGACUUGGUGGUUGAGAGGGAUGUUGUAUUAUGGAACACUAUGAUCUCAGGCUAUAUAGAAAUUGGAGAUAUGGAGAGUGCGCAUAAGCUCUUUGAUGAAAUUACAUGUAAGGAUACUAUGUUGUGGAACACUAUGUUGAAUGGGUAUGCGAAUAGUGGGAACAUUGAGGCUUGCGAGGAAUUGUUUGAAGUGAUGCCAAAGAGGAAUGUUUUUUCUUGGAAUGGACUGAUUGGUGUAUAUGCAAAUUAUGGCUGUUUUAAUGAAGCUUUGACUACAUUCAAGCGAAUGCUGUCAGAGGCUAAGGUGCUUCCAAAUCAUGUAACCUUGGCUACUGUAUUGUCAGCUUGUGCACGAUUGGGAGCACUUGACUCAGGGAUGUGGUUGCAUAUCUAUGCCCAACGGAUCGGAUAUAAAGGGAAUAUUUCUGUUGAAAAUGCUCUGAUGGACAUGUAUGGGAAAUGUGGAAAAAUAGAAAAUGCUAAAGAUGUGUUCAAGGGCUUGGUUAAGAGAGACUUGGUAUCUUGGAAUACCAUUAUUGGUGGUUUAGCAAUGCAUGGUCAUGCUUCAGAUGCUUUAGCCAUCUUUGAUCAAAUGAAAAAUGCUGGGAUACAACCCGACGGAGUGACCUUUGUGGGUGUUCUUUGUGCUUGUACUCACAUUGGUUUAGUUGAUGAAGGGCUGGCUUAUUUUCAGAGCAUGUCUGAUUAUUCCAUCAGUCCUCACAUUGAACAUUAUGGUUGUUUGGUUGAUUUAUAUUCCCGAUCAGGUCAUCUGUUGGCGGCCCUUCAUUUAGUAAAAAUGAUGCCCAUGAAGGCAGAUUCUGUCAUAUGGUCCUGUUUACUUGGGGCCUCUAGGACCUACAAAAAUAUGGAGGUAGCUGAGCUGGCUCUUGAACAUCUGAUUGAACUUGAACCAUGGAACCCAGCACAUUACCUCACAUCGUCAAACAUAUAUCGAGAUGCUGGAAAAUGGGAAAAUAUGGCUAAGCUAAAAGUAGCCAUGAAGGAUACUAGCUUUAGUAAAAUACCUGGUUACAGCAUGAUAGAGAUUCAUGAUGAAGCAGUCGAAUUCUAUUCAUCGGAUCAGAGGCAUCCUAAGAUGUUAGAAAUAUGUGUAUGUUUGACAAGUUUGUCCAAGCUAAUACAGUCACCAAGGUUCCGACCUGAGGAGAUGGGGCUUCAGUAGGAAAGCCUCAAUAUCAAUAUAACAGGCCAGGUAUGCUAUGCUAUGAUACUUCAAUUGGGUCUUCCAUGAAUAGCAGGUUUUAAUUACAAUAACCAUUUUGAAAUUUUUUCACGGAAUUACAUGGAAAAUUCAAUAGCAUCUGUUGUUAAUUUGUAUACUACCUACAUUUUCUACUGCUCUA